CCGCACUUCGUCAACGGGACUGAUCUCGCAGGCGGAUGUGGAAGCGCCUAAAGUCUCGCGAGAUCUGCCCGCAGUCCCGGAAGCUCCACGUCAGUCAGAGGGAGAGAGAGACCAGGGGGAACCGGAGACAUGCCUCUGCGACUUGACAUCAAGAGGAAGCUGACUGCUCGGUCUGACCGAGUGAAGAGCGUUGACCUGCACCCCACCGAGCCAUGGAUGCUGGCCAGUCUGUACAAUGGCAGCGUGUGUGUCUGGAACCACGAGACCCAGACCCUGGUGAAAACCUUUGAAGUAUGUGAUUUGCCGGUCAGAGCGGCGAAGUUUGUGGCAAGGAAAAACUGGGUCGUCACCGGAGCUGAUGACAUGCAGAUUAGAGUCUUCAACUACAACACAUUGGAGAGAGUUCACAUGUUCGAGGCUCACUCUGACUACAUCCGCUGCAUUGCCGUGCACCCCACUCAGCCCUUUAUACUGACCAGCAGUGAUGACAUGCUGAUUAAGUUAUGGGACUGGGAUAAGAAGUGGUCCUGCUCUCAGGUGUUUGAGGGACACACACAUUACGUCAUGCAGAUCGUCAUCAACCCCAAGGAUAACAACCAGUUUGCCAGCGCCUCACUAGAUCGCACCAUUAAGGUUUGGCAGCUUGGAUCCUCCUCCCCCAACUUCACACUGGAGGGGCACGAGAAAGGGGUUAACUGCAUUGAUUAUUACAGCGGAGGUGACAAACCUUACCUGAUCUCUGGAGCUGAUGACAGACUUGUCAAGAUUUGGGACUAUCAGAACAAAACUUGUGUCCAGACUCUGGAGGGUCACGCUCAAAAUGUCUCCUGUGUCAGCUUCCACCCUGAGCUUCCCAUUAUCAUCACUGGUUCAGAAGAUGGUACGGUGAGGAUCUGGCAUUCCAGCACCUACCGCCUGGAGAGUACCCUGAACUAUGGCAUGGAGCGAGUCUGGUGUGUGUCUGGACUUCGUGGCUCCAAUAACGUGGCUCUAGGAUAUGAUGAGGGUAGCAUCAUUGUCAAGUUGGGCCGUGAAGAACCAGCAAUGUCCAUGGAUGCAAAUGGAAAAAUCAUCUGGGCCAAGCACUCUGAGGUGCAGCAGGCUAACCUGACUAUGGGAGAAACAGAGAUUAAAGAUGGAGAGAGGCUUCCUCUAGCUGUGAAGGACAUGGGCAGCUGUGAAAUAUAUCCCCAGACUAUCCAACACAACCCUAAUGGGAGGUUUGUAGUGGUGUGUGGAGACGGAGAAUACAUCAUUUACACCGCCAUGGCCCUGAGAAACAAGAGCUUUGGAUCUGCGCAGGAAUUUGCGUGGGCGCACGAUUCAUCUGAGUAUGCCAUACGUGAAAGCAGCAGUGUAGUGAAGAUUUUCAAAAACUUCAAGGAGAAGAAGAGCUUCAAGCCGGACUUCGGUGCAGAAGGUAUCUAUGGAGGAUUUCUACUUGGUGUGCGGUCUAUUAACGGUUUGGCCUUCUAUGACUGGGAGAAUACAGAGCUUAUCCGGAGGAUAGAAAUCCAGCCUAAACAUAUUUUCUGGUCUGACUCUGGAGAGCUGGUGUGCAUUGCUACAGAGGAAUCUUUCUAUCUAAAAUACCUCUCUGAGAAAGUAGCCACUGCUCAGGAGACUCAUGAAGGAAUGUCUGAAGAUGGAAUAGAGGAUGCCUUUGAGGUGCUCGGCGAAAUUCAAGAAAUAGUGAAAACUGGUCUCUGGGUUGGGGACUGUUUCAUCUACACCAGCACAGUAAACAGACUCAACUAUUAUGUCGGUGGAGAAAUAGUUACCAUUGCACAUUUGGACAGAACCAUGUAUUUGCUGGGGUACAUACCUAAAGAUAACCGUCUGUACUUGGGGGACAAAGAACUAAACAUUGUCAGCUUCCUGCUGGUGUCUGUCCUGGAGUAUCAGACCGCUGUGAUGAGGAGAGACUUCACCAUGGCAGACAAAGUGAUUCCAACCAUCCCUAAAGAGCAGAGGACACGUGUUGCCCACUUUCUGGAGAAGCAAGGCUUCAAACAGCAAGCGCUGGCUGUGUCCACUGAUCCUGAGCAUCGCUUUGAGCUGGCAUUGCAGCUGGGAGAACUGAAAAUUGCACAUCAGCUAGCAGUAGAAGCGGAGGCUGAACAGAAGUGGAAGCAGUUGGGAUUGGCCAUCAGCAAGGGCCAGUUUGGCUUGGCCCAAGAGUGUCUGCACAAUGCUCAGGACUAUGGAGGUCUUUUACUACUGGCCACGUCUUCAGGAAAUGCCUCCAUGGUGAACAAGCUGGCUGAAGGGGCCGAGAGAGAUGGGAAGAACAAUGUGGCUUUUUUGAGCUACUUUUUAUUGGGAAAAAUGGACACUUGCCUUGAGCUUCUGAUUUCCACUGGACGUCUGCCCGAGGCGGCCUUCUUGGCACGAACAUACCUGCCGAGCCAGGUGUCCAGGGUGGUGAAGCUGUGGAAAGAGAGUCUUUCCAAAGUCAACCAAAAGGCUGCAGAUUCCUUGGCUGACCCCACUGAGUAUGAGAACUUGUUUCCUGUUAAAGAGGCCUUCUUGGGAGAGCAGUUUUUGAAGCAGAAGAGCAGUCUACCCCUCCCAGGCAGCCAGUACCGCCUUGUCACUGUAACACCAAAUGAAGAAAGAAAUGUCUUGCAAGAAGCACAGGCAUUUGAACCAUCUGAAAGAAGCCACCAUAGUGGUGACCCUGUCCAACAGCCAGUGCAGCUACCUUCUGAAAGCACAGAAGAGAAGGCUUUCCUGGACUUAGAGGAAGAUCUGGACAACAUGGAAUUAGAUGACAUUGACACAACAGACAUAAACUUAGAUGACGAGCUCUCUGACUAAACUGUAUUCUCCAGAAUUUUAAUUUAAGUGACCAAACCGUGUUUUUUUUUUUUUUUUCCUCUCGUUUUUAUGGUCAGUCUGCACAGGUCCCAUGUCCAGACAUAGUCCAUCAGUGCAGGAGCCGGGCCUUCCUUGUACAUUUCCUUUUCAUUAGCUCUACUCUCACUCUGUAAACCUUUUGUGCAUUAACUGAAUAAAGGUUAUUGCAAAAUCA